GGAGCUUCUCCCUUCGCCUCCGGCUGGCGGGGCGGGGUCCGGAUGGAAGGCGGGUCUCUAUAAAGCUAGGCACGCAGGGCGCCCCCCGCAAGAAAACUCUGGCCGCCGCUGCUGUUGCUGCGCGUUUUGGAGAGGAGCCUGCGGCGCUUUGUUACUUAAAAGAUCAAUCUACAAUGGCAGACAACAGACCAAAUGCUGAUUCCUUGUCCCGCAGUGUGCUCAGCUGGGAUCAGGUCAGUCGUCUUCAUGAGGUCCUGUCCGAGGUGGUGCCAAUUCACGGAAGAGGCAACUUUCCGACUCUGAAAAUAACUCUGAAGGAUAUUGUCCAAACUGUUCGCCGCAGGCUAAGUGAAGCAAACAUUAAGGUGCACGACGUCCGUCUGAAUGGUUCCGUGGCAGGUCAUGUCUUGGUCAAAGACAAUGGACUGGGUUGUAAGGAUCUAGACCUUAUCUUUCAAGUAUGUCUCCCAAGUGAGACCGAGUUCCAGUUGGUCAGAGAUGUGGUUUUGCAGUCCCUCUUAAAAUUCUUGCCUGAAGGGGUCAACACCGUAAAAAUUAGCCCCAUGACCCUUAAGGAAGCCUAUAUUGAGAAGCUGGUGAAAGUGUGCACCGAUAUUGACCGAUGGAGUCUAAUCUCUCUCUUCAACAAGCAUGGCAGGAAUGUAGAGCUCAAGUUUGUGGAUCGUAUAAGGCGGCAGUUUGAAUUUAGCGUGGACUCUUUUCAGAUAAUACUAGACUCUCUGCUCUUCUUCUAUGAUUGCUCAGAGAACCCAAUGUGCAAGCAUUUCCACCCAACUGUGAUUGGAGAAAGCAUGUAUGGUGACUUUGAGGCAGCCUUGGAUCACCUGAAGAACAGGCUGAUAGCCACCAAGAACCCUGAGGAGAUCCGAGGAGGAGGUCUCUUGAAGUACAGCAAUUUGCUUGUGAGGGACUUCAAGCCCAUGGACAAAGAGGAGAUAAAAACCCUGGAGCGUUACAUGUGUUCUAGGUUCUUCAUAGACUUCCCAGACAUUCUAGAGCAGAAACGCAAGUUGGAGACAUACCUCCUGAACCACUUUGCUGAAGAGGACAGAAGCAAAUAUGACUACCUAAUGACCUUGCGCGAAGUAGUCAACGAGAGUACGGUGUGCCUCAUGGGACAUGAGCGAAGGCAGAUACUGAACCUCAUCUCCCUUCUGGCGCUCAGAGUGCUGGUAGAGCAAAACCUCAUCCCAAAUGCCACCAAUGUCACCUGCUACUACCAGCCAGCUCCAUAUACCAGUGAUGCAAACUUCAGCAGCUACUACGUUGCAGAUACAUAUGGCCAGUCUCACCCCACCUGGCUGCCUUGUAACUGAUUUUGAGCUUCCUAUUUUUCAAAGCCCCCCCCCCACCAACUAGGUCUCACACCAAUCGAACAGCUCCUGGUUCUCUUUCCUCAUUCCUUAAAUAGCCUUGAUCAACCCAUAGAGAGGGCCUCAUCUUUCCUAGUUACCUCUCCUCUCCUCUCACUGGGGGAACUGUCCUUAUGCUGUUCCCCAAAACUUCUUAAAACUGAAGAUAGAAAGAUGCUGUUGGGACAAAGCCAGAGUAGUAGUAACUGCUUGAUUGCUUCCAUGCAUGUUGUCUUCUGAAGUUUGAAUCAAGUUAUCUUUGCAAAUAAUGAGGAUUAGGCUGAUAUGACUAUGGAAGAUCAUAGCUCCAGUCCUGUAUGACAUUAGGCUGUUCAAAGUCAAUAGGACUGAAGCAGCUUCUGAACUGUAUGCAGGACUGAAGCCAUUUUCUUUUCCCUCAGAAAGUCUUAAAUUAGCAGUUGACUCAUUGCUGCUGUAGCAGGACUAAAGAAUGGAUUUCAGUUUGGAGAGGAUAAUGACAUCUGCCAAAACUGUCCCUUUUAGUUUAAAGAAAUUAAGGCUGUCCUAAAUUACAUGAUGCAGGAAUUCUAAGAACCCAAGUCAAGCUUUUUUUUUUUAAAAAAAAAGCAAAGUACUAGAAAAUAUAUGGUAAUUAUGAAACUUAAGUUUAAUAUAUUAUUUUCCACUGGUGCUUGGACUGACCUGCCAGGGAAAUAUGGAAUACUCCUGCCCCCAGAGUUCAGCUGAAACUGCAGGAUGUUCCUAAGUCUCUGAUGUCACAAGUCUGAUCAGAGGGAAACUGGGAUGGCUUUACUUUGUUAUGUUUAUGUACUGUACCAUUGGCUUGUAAGUGUGCAUAGUUAGGGAUUUCUAGAGUACAGCAGUAUUGUUGAAGACAAAUUGGUAAAAAACCUCACUUGAAAUAAUUGUUCCAAGCUUGCAGAUGGCCUGGGCUGGAAGAGGGUUUCUAUAACAUGGAUUUUCUUGUUUCGGGGGGAUUCCCCUUGAAAAAUGGGUUCAUUAAAAAUUAUUUUUUUAAGUAUCAUUUAUUUAAAAAUGAUAUUUUUGGCCAAAGGUCAGUUGUGUGCCCUCCCCCUCCGCAAGCCUCAAAGUAUACAAGUGGGUCCGUUCUCACAUGUGGUGUUUAAAGAGCCUGCCUUUAAGAAAGGAUCCUGCAAACAAGUCCUGUUAAAAGGGAACAUGGUGUAGACUAGAGAUAUGGAAGACCCAGAAAAAAAUUGGAAAAAUUGGGGGCCUUCACAUUGCUAGUGCAAAAGAUCAGUGUUAUGGUUGGCAAUGUUAAUUUGCGCUUCAGUUAAAGGAAUCCAUGUUUUGAUGAACUGUCACAGGUAUGGGAAAUGCAAAUACUGGGUCCCAGAAGAAGUCUUGAAAUUUGUCUAUCAAAUUCAAAAGGCAGUAAAAGAAAAACAACAAAAACCUCUUGGGCUGUCCACGGUGUUCCUAUAGUCGAAAGACCGGCCACCUACUUAAUAGGCGAACUUUCUGUACAUUUCCCCCCAAAGGAAACUAAGCUAAGGUUAGGCGUGGGAUCGUGAUGGGAAUACUUCCCUGGGAAACACACUGUGUUUGGAUGGCAUUGAGUUAAUGAGGAACAGUACUUGGCCCCCUUCUCAUUUAACUGUUCAAAACAAGAGGGCAGAGGGUUUACUUACUCUUAGUACUGCUACUUCUGCAACACAGAGAUAAACACUAUCUGUAGCCAUGCAGAUGUCGCUGGCUGUUUGAAAGCAGCAGCACCUUGAGUGAAGUAGUAGUUGAACAAAGCUGAUAAGCAGGGAAGUAUAGGGCUUGUGAUUUGAGUGCCAAGGACUUGUCAGUUUCAAUUGCUUUUGGCCAUUCUACACAUUUUUUGCUGAGUAAUUUCAGACUGCCUGAAUGUUUCUUGACUGUGCUCUUCUGCCUAUACAUUGAUCUGCCUGUGUCUUGGGGGUAAGGGAGGAACAGAAGGAAGGAUCGUAUUAAGUGCGGCUGCAGCAACAAAGCAAAAUUUAGAUUCCCCCACCCCCACCCCCGCCACGGACCUCAAAGUUGAAAUGGACUAUAAUCUGAAGAGUAGCAUUUCUUUACACUGGAAGAAACCUUUUUCACGCACGUCUGGUAAAUAUGUAUUUCUUUAAAUUGUAAACCUAAUGUCAGUUGCCAGAUGAGCAGCUUUUCGGAGCGCUACCGAUGCGUAUCUUAUUUUGGUUUCCUUAAGGUGAAAAAUAAAGUCUGUCAACUUAAA